AUGGCUCUGAUGCUGGCGCCUUACAAUGAGGCCAUGCGCAUUGGCAUGGGCUUCAACAGUUAUACGCAACAGCUUUGCGUCAACGACGUGGUGCGGAAACGAGGCGGCGUUGCGGCUUCGGAGAAAGACCUGCGAUCUGUGGACACCACUCAGGGCUUGCCGGCUGCCGCGUCUGACAAAGAUGCCGCUAUCUUGUGCCAGCCGAGUGGGACCAUCGUCAAGCAUAGGGGUGACGAUGGCCAGACCGAGGUCAGCCAGGUGGUGAGCUGGGAUGCUGGCUUCGUCGAUAGCUUAAGCGACGUGACCAAGUCUCUCAACAUCAGCGGCGCCUUGACCAUUACAUGUGCUGCCCUUGGUGGCGGUGGUGGAGCAAACGCUCAUUACGUUGACUCCACAAAGUUCUUGAAAAGUGAUGCCAAGUACAACAUCCAGGUUAAGGUGACCAACCAGAAACUCGUGGCCGAGGACGUGACCGAGUUUACCCCUAUCCCGAACGUGCCGGGAUCCAAGUUCAACGAGGUCUACGGCGAUUGCUUCAUCUCGGGGUUCAUCGAAGGGGGCGUGCUGAGUGCACUCGUGCUGAAAACUCUCGAGGACAAGGACGACAAGAAGAACAUCGGUGGCGGUCUCAACUUUGAAGUCGGAAAUUCCUUCAUCAGUGCGAAGGGCAAGGCCGAUGGAGAUUACGUCGACAACAAAAAGGCGAAGACCGAGUCGACGACGAUCACUAUCUCGUGGUCGGGAGGCGGCGACAUCAAGCCGAACAGCAUCCAGCAAUGGUCGAUCGAAAACCUUACCCAGGUCGCAAUGGAGUUCCCUGACCGGGUAGCAGUGUGCCCGCAAAGAACCUUUGCGAUUCUGACCAAGUACUCGUCCCUGCGCAGCUUUCACGAGCAGACGGUCAAGGGGUCCCCGCUGGACUAUGAGAUUGCCGGCAUCUACACAGGCUCUCUCCUGGACUCGUACAUGGAGUACAAAGCGAUGUGGUCCGACUUGGCCCAAACCAUUAAGGAGGUUGACCGCGGCACUGCGAGACUCCGGCGCCGCGAGAUUGACGACAAGCUCAUCGAAUACGGAAAGUCGGUCAAGGAGGACUACGACAAGCGCAUUGCCAAGUACAACGACUUCAAGACGGCAAUCGCCAAGUCGCCACAGUACAACAACCAAAUUUCGCUCGAGGAGCCUCUGCCUCCUAAUGAAAUACAGCCAUACCUGGCCGACACCUUCGGGCUGGACAAGGCUUCCCGGGACUGCCGUUUCGAGAUGAUCAAGAUCGUGCGCGAGGUGAAUGAUGUCACGGCCGAUCCCAAAGUGGCAACGGACCCCUACCGGAGCUGGCGCUAUCUCAGCCCCAACGUCUUCCGCAUGCUCUUGCCGAGUGACAAAGUAACGAUGCCAUCGCCUGAGGAGAUCGCCAAGAUGAAGGCAGACCUCGAGGCCAAAAUCCAAGAGUGUGCCGAGAAGCAGAAGCAGAUUGACGACGCCAAGAUGCAGCACACGCAAAGCUCUGACCAAGCUCAGCAGGAGGCUCAGGCCCUGAGCGCCAGGGAGACGGAGCUCAAGAGCCAGCUCUCCGAGGCCGAGAAGAAAAUUUCCGAGCUAACCCAGUCUCUCGCAAAUGCACAGCAGCAGGUGCGAGAUGUUGGGAGCCGAGAUGGUGAUGCGCAAAGGAGGAUAUCGGAGCUGAGCCAAUCUCUCGUCAAGGCCAAGCAAGAGUACGACGCGCUGCAAAACCGGUUCAACGAGCUCAGCGCUGGCCCCGACAUCACUAUUUACGCCGUGGUCUAUGGCGGAGUCUAUCUCAACAACGCCAAUAUGGAGAACAGGGUGCGAAGCUUUGCCCAGAACAAUCAGGCCUUCACUUGGAACAACGAUUUCUUCAUGUGCGACCCUAGGCCGGGCCUCGGCAAGGAGGGCACUAUUGUAUACAAGAAACGGAACCAGACAGUCGUGGUGCUUGCGGGAACCGAGGGCAGGCCAGGACAGUUUCGGUGA